AAGAUGGCGGACGGACCUUCAAAAUAAGUAUGUCUAUCUUAAACACCUAUGAAUAUAUGUAAAGAUGUUGAAGUUCUUAUCAAGAUGUGCCAUAACUGGAAGCGCUCUGUCUGCAAUAAAGAAAAAAAUCAUACAGCAUACAACAAGGUUAUACCAAACGAGGACUACAGUAGUCAAAGAUGCUACCAUAUUUUACCAUGACAGAAGAAAGUUCUUUCGUCUUGUUGGCAUAGCAUCCAGUAGUCAGUUUGUGUUUUGGAUCUACUUGGCUCAUUUUCAAUACACAACAAGACCACAGCUUUUGGCUGGCUUAGCUGAGAAAGAGAAAACUAAAGAAAUUGAUUCAUUCAAAUCUGAAAGUAAAGCAUGGAAGAUAGUGGCCUAUAUUGAGAAAAGUCCUGUAUUUUUGUCAGUUUUUGCUGUGUCAGUAGGAAUGUUUCUAUCAGCUACAGGAUGGAUUUAUUGCCUAAGAAAUAUUAACCGUAUUGUCUUACUCAGUGGGGGUAGGACAGUGCGUUUUGUCACUCAUACACCAUUGGGUGGUACUAGAUCUUUCAGCACGUUGGUCGACCAUGUUUCAAGUCUUGGCUCUAGAAUGGGUAAGAACAACUUUGUAACAGAGCAGCAGUUAGGCGGAGGCGCGAAUUGCCGGCAUUGUCAAAAAUCACAAGUCGAGAAACACCAGCCUUCCCCGGGGUUUUGGAGGUCGGUAAUCCGCCCUACAGGGGGUCUUGC